AUGGCUCACGAAAACGUUUGGUUCUCCCACCCAAGAAGAUUCGGUAAAGGUUCCCGUCAAUGUCGUGUCUGUUCUUCCCACACUGGUUUGAUCAGAAAGUACGGUCUAAACAUCUGUCGUCAAUGUUUCAGAGAAAGAGCUAACGACAUCGGUUUCAACAAGUUCCGUUAA